AUGUCCAAUUCCAGUCCCGGUGUCUUUAAUGGACACUCGGUAACCCCUUUGCCCGCCACAGAUGAGCCGCCCUCUCCUCCCUCCAACAUCUACAAUGCCAGCUCCGUCGCCGAGAUCAGGGCAACCCUGAUCCACCUGCACCAGCAGGAAGCGACUGUCACUGCCCGUCUCGAUGCCCUUGUCGCCUCACAAAAGGACUUUUCUCGUGAGCUCGGCCGACUGGAUCUUCUCCGUGCCCACCUCGGCUCUCAGACUAGCACCACACGAGCAAUCAGCAAUGGCAUGCUCUCCGACGCCGCCGCAACCGCAGACCGCAUCUCGAGCGCCGUGCGACGGCUAGACCUGGAACAAGCACGGGUCAAGGCGACUUUGCAGAUGGUGGAACAGGUCUCAGAGUUGAAAGCGUGUGUUCUCGGCGUUGCGGGGUCAAUGGGCGCCCCGCAGGAUUGGGAAAAGGCAGCAAGUUAUCUGAAGCGGGCGUCCGAGGUCCCCGCCGAUGUGGUGCAGGGUGCUUUUGCGGCGGAGAUGGUGCCCACGGCCGAGGUUCCAGACCCGCCCAGCGUGACCCUGGACAACGCGGCCGAGUCGUUGUGUGGGCUGUUUUUGCGAGAGUUUGAGAAGGCUGUCAAGGAGAGCAAUGGGGCGAAGAUUACGCGGUUCUUCAAGCUGUUUCCGCUGAUCGGGCGGUCCGAGGUAGGGUUAGAUGUAUAUGGGCGGUAUGUCUGCCAGGGUGUAGCGGCAAAGGCUCGAUCAAAUCUGAACACGGCAACUGCGGCGCAAAAGGACGGUUUCUUCUACGCGAACACGCUCACCAAGCUGUUCGAACACAUCGCGCAAAUUGUCGAUGGCCACGGAGGACUGGUCGAGCGCCAUUAUGGUCCUAGGAAGAUGAACCGGGUAAUCGAGCGCUUGCAGCUAGAGGCGGAUGUCCAGGGCGGCAUUGUCCUCGACACGUGGAGCGAUGAACGGCAUAUCGACCGCAAGCUCAUGGAUAUCAAAUCCUAUGCGUUUACUUUCCUGGUGCAGAGCUUCCUUCCCCCACAGCGGACUACUACACCACGCUCAAACUCUCCUGCCACGCGGGACGCAUUGGAGGACGAGGGAGUGGACAUGAAGGAAAUUGAUGGGCUGCUGAAUGAAAUGACCAUCAUGCUUGGACGGUGGUCGCUCUACUGCCGGUUCUUGGCCGAAACAUGCAAUGUAAGUCUUCCCUAA